CUCGCGGGUUGUUCAACUCAACUCCCCUGUUAAACCCUGGAGAGGAAAACUCGUUAGUCGUUAGCUCAUUACUCCUUCGUCAAAUUGGAUCGGGGAAGAAAGGGGAAAGGUUUCAGCUUUAAUUCUCCGAUCAUCGAGCAGCUGAAGAAUCAGAACUUGAAAUCCCUUGGAAUUGGCGGCAGAAUCUAGAAGUCGAGUUCGAGGUUCUGUUGGGAAUAGAGCAGAAAAGCCUCGAAUGCCUUCGAUCUCCGUCGAUUAGGAAACCAAGGGCCGAAAGAUGUCAGCUUUGGCGCUCAGAAGAUCUAGGAUCUGUUCCAAGAGUCUCCUCGCAGCUUCCUUUCUGCCCUCUUCAACCCGAGCCACAGAACGCACUCCUCCAUUCUUCAAAGCUUCACUCUUCACAAUCUCAGCUGCGGAGCUGUCUACUUCCGAUGGCUUGACUGUUGAUAGAAUUGUUGCUAGUAAAUGGGCCAUUCUUGAUGAAAGUGAGAGUGAUUGGAAGAGCCAUGCUGCUGCUAUUGCCCAGUCCAUUCAAGUCAUCAAGAAGCGGUUGCAGUGGAAUAAGUUGAUGGUUAGAUUAGAUCUGCUAUCAGCACAGCUGAAUAAGCCAAACCUAUGGGAUGAUCCUGUACUUGCUGGAAAGUUAAGCCGCGAGCAUGGCUCGAUGAUGGGUAAGAUGAAAGAGGUGAAAGCAUUGGAGCAAGAUUUGAUUGAGCACAUUGAUAUGAUAAAGUUGGCUCGUGAAGAAGCGGAGGACUCCGACUUGGAAUUGGAAUCAUUGAAAGCCAUGCUUGAGAUGAGAAGAAAUUCCAAAGAGAAAGAGCUAGAAGCUUUGUUAUACGCAGAGCAUGAUUCUUGCUCAUGUUACAUUGAGGUUCAAGCUGGAGCUGGUGGUACUGAGAGCAUGGACUGGGCGAAAAUGGUGAUGCAGAUGUAUAAACUAUGGGCUCAACGCCGAGGGUUUAGAGUGACAUUGGUCGACGAGAUGUCUGGUGAGAUGGCAGGAAUCAAGCGGGCAACCAUCAGACUAGAUGGUGAAUAUGCAUUUGGCUAUGCAAAAGCAGAAGUAGGAGUCCACAGGCUGGUGCGAAUCUCGCCUUUCGACAGCAGUAAAAGGCGGCACACGUCGUUUGCAGCAGUUGCUGUGAUCCCAAUUCUUGGUGAAGGGUUCACACAUUGCUGUGAGGAUAGUUCAUAUUCCAACUGGGGUAACUGCCACAUGUCAGAACGAAAGGGGGGUAUUAACUACAGAUCACAGCAUAUGAACAAGGCAUCAGCAAUGUCAGUGCUUCAGUCGCGGCUGGACCAGCUCGAGAUGGCGCGGCAGGCCCAGGUGAAUGCUCAGCACACUCAAUCAUUGACGGAAAUCAGCUGGGGCAAUCAAAUUCGCACUUACGUCCUUCAUCCAUACCGUAUGGUUAAGGAUCUUCGAACCAGCCACGAGGUUUCUAACCCUGAUUCAGUGCUUGAAGGAGAGCUAGACGGCUUCAUCUUGAGCUAUCAGGGUUUCUAACCCUGAUUCAGUGCUUGAAGGAGAGCUAGACGGCUUCAUCUUGAGCUAUCUUUCAUCUUCAUUGGAUAAAGAUGAAGAAUACCAAUGAACCCUUCCUUUUGAAAGACAAGAGCAGUGAUAAGCUGGCAGGAGGGAGAUGGUCCCAAUGAUUUGGGAAGAUUCCAAGGAAGAGAGUAAUUUAUUGUUGUUGGAUAGGUGAUACUGUACUGAAAUAUUGAGCAUGUUGUGAACCUCUAUAAAUUAAUAAAGUUAAG